UGUGUGCAACUUCGGAAUUGUAUAUUAUUUAGAUUUAUUUCAAUAUCAUACCUUUCGACGCUAUCCCCAAGCUUUUCACUGUAUUCACGGUAACUGCAGCUGACUGUCCAUGCACCGGGGCACUUCACCAAUGGCCACUGAUCUCUUGGCAACUGUUUUGUCGGAUAUUAAGUUUUCCACUGCAAAUGGCUCAGAAGUGUGCAUGAGGAAGGAUGAGCAGGUACUGAUUCUGGAAAAGACAAACAGCAGAUGGUGGAAGGUGGUCAGAAGUGGUCAGGGACAGCCGUUCUAUGCUCCGUCGGACGUGCUGCAGGAGCGGGCGGUGCCGCGUGUGCGACUCCGUUCCGGUACCGGCAGCGUCCGAGACCGCAGACGCGCCCCGCUGUCGGCAGUGGACGCGGAGCGGCACAUCAGCGGCCAUGAGGACGCGGUCGGCGCCGGCUGGGACUGGCGCGGUGCCGCCGCCGCCGGCAGCCCGGUGGCCCGCAGCAGCUCCAUGGACGAUGUGCUGGCCGAGUCGCCGUCGCGCGCCGGCCACACCUGGCACCGGCGGCAGUCGUGGGCGCCCGAGCGGCGCUCCGAGGGCCGGCAGGCGGCCGGCGGCGCACUGCCAGCGCCGGCAGCACUCCCGGAGCCCUCCCACCGCCGGUCGCACUCCUACCAGCUGGAGAUGAGCCGCGCGCACGGCUCCGACCAGAGCAUCGGCAGCACCGGCCGGCCGCGGCCCGCCGCCGGCAGUGACACGUGGGAGCGCAAAGGGCCGCCGCCGGCACCGCCGGGCGCGAGCAGCACGUGGGAGCGGGGCGCCACGGGCGGCUCGCGCGCCCCGCACGGCACCAGUAACACGUGGGAGCGAGGUGGCCGGGUGGACCCGCAGUUCGCGCAGCCCGAGCCCAGCUGGGAGAGGAAGGGCACCAGCGGGCCGAUCGUGCCGCAGAGCGGAGCCGGCGUCUGGGAGCCCGCGCUUGAUGGCUCCGCGCCUCCUCCGUACGGCGGCAGUAGCACCUGGGAGCGCGGCAAGGACAGCGUGCGCGUGCGCGGACCCAUGGCCAUGUCGUGGCAGACGGAGCGGAAGCAGGCGCCGGUGCCGCCGCCGCGCACCCGACACGCGCUGCAGGGGAUGGCGGCCGGCGUCAGCGGUCCCUCAGGAGCGGCAGAGCCGGCCGGUCUGUCCACCGGUCGCGGUAUCAUCAACCAGUCGGCGCCGAGCCUGGCGUUUGACGCCAUCGACGCUCGCCGGCCGUCACCGAGCUCACUGGCGGCGCGCCGGCCGUCACCGAGCUCGCUUUCCGACCUGCGCGCGCAGCGACCCGACCUGUCCGACGGCCACAACGAGGGCUACCGGCGCACGGCCGAGCGGCUGGCCGGCCGCAGUGAGAGCCCGCGGCCACCGCCGGCCGCCGCCGACCGGACCGAGGGUAUCUGGAUGCCGGCGAGGCUGGCGGAGCGGCCGCCGGUCAGGACGGAGGAGACUGCGGCAGGGACGGGCACGGGGAGACCUGCCGUACCGCCCCGGCCCAGCAGGAGGCCCGCAGCCGAACAGCAACAACAGCCCGUCCACGCUCUGGUCUCACCCCGUACCUAA